AUCGGCCCCUUCUCGUCUCUCUGGUUGGCGGGGGAUUUGGGUUGAUACCCGAAGUCCUGAGCAGCUAGAGAAGUAACGGGAAGAGGAACUUCGGUUGGGGCGGCAAAAGUGCAGGGACGGAGCGCGCCGACGAGAACUGUGGUUCCUGCAGUUUUGAGCAGACUCCUCCUCCUCCUGAAUCUGUGCAAGGCAACAGAGAGUUCUUUAUGGUGUGGGGUUUCAUGACUGAAGAGCGCUUGCUGCUUGGCACGGGAGCCCUCUCAGCUGCGAUAAGAACAAAACAGCUUCUCUGCAGGAAAGAGAGCAGUGGCGAGAUCAAAGCAUUUUUGGCCCACAUUUCUCCAAGGCUGGACUCGAGGCAGGUUACAGUGAUGAUCAUGAGGAACACAUGAAGCUGCCUUAUACUGAACUGGUCCAUCAAGACCCUGUUAAGGAGACACCAGAGAAGAUAGCUGCCCUCUGACUGUUCGCCACUGAGCUUAAUUCACAAAGCAGAAGGUAGACUGGUGUGGUAAGAAAUAACAUCUUGACAGUGAGCAGCACAAGGACCAGUGCCUGACUCUCUCGUGCGCCAUAUCUCCUUGCAGCAUUUAUGCAACGCUAUUCUUGGGUGCUUGGUGGUUUCAGAAAGCCAUGUGUUCAGAAGCUGGAGGAGCCUUGCCAGGAUGUGGCACCACAGUACUCUGCGUGUUGUUUUGACUUUCCUACUUUCACCGAAGUGGGCUGUGCCAGGGGAACGUUGGGGUCAGUGCCAAGGGAGAAGCUUGUAACCCCAGAAGGGCCAUGGGCGUGAGCUCUGCCUGCUUUCACGUCUCUUACAAGCUCAAGCUGUUGAUGCUCUUCACCGCGUGCAUUUUGCUGGUGGGCUGGGCCACUUCUUACCUGGUCGAUGCUGUGCACGAAACACCACGAGCAAAAAGUGCAGCUGAAAGCUUCAGGAAACCAACCACCAGUACCAAGGAGCAAAAGGAAACUCUGGACAGGCAAACGAGGCCUGCUGUGAAGCUGUCGACUGUGGAACUGCCCACGGGGAAGUCCGUUUGCCCUGCUCUGUCUCCCUACCUACGGGGGCCCAGCAAGCUAACCUUCAGAGCUUCUCUUACCCUGGAAGAGGUGCAGAAGGAGAAUCCUCGGGUGGCAAAGGGACGCUAUCGCCCAGAAGACUGCUUAGCCCAGCAGCGAGUGGCCAUCUUGAUUCCACACCGUAAUCGAGAGAAGCACCUGCUUUACCUGCUGGAGCACCUUCACCCAUUCCUGCAACGGCAGCAGCUAGACUAUGGCAUCUUUGUGAUUCACCAAGCUGGCAAUGCCAAGUUUAACAGAGCAAAACUGCUGAAUGUAGGCUACUUGGAAGCCUUGAAGGAGGAGAGCUGGGAUUGCUUCAUAUUCCAUGAUGUGGAUCUGGUGCCAGAGAAUGACUACAACAUUUACACGUGUGGCAGUCAGCCAAAGCACCUGGUGGUCGGCAGAAACAGCACGGGGUACAGGUUGCGUUACCAAGGAUACUUUGGAGGUGUAACUGCUUUAACAAGGGAGCAGUUCUCCAAAGUGAAUGGCUUUUCUAACAACUACUGGGGCUGGGGAGGAGAAGACGACGACCUCCGGCUCAGGGUUGAAAUACAGAGAUGGAAAGUGAUACGGCCAUCCCCUAAUGUAGCCAAGUACACCAUGAUCUUCCACACAAGAGACCGAGGCAAUGAGGCAAAUGGACAGAGGAUGAAUCUCUUGCGUCAGGUGUCUCGAGUAUGGAAAACAGAUGGUCUAAACUCCUGUUCAUAUAAUCUACUCUCAGUGGAAUACAAUCCUUUAUAUACCAACAUCACUGUGGAUUUUGGCAUGCCAAUCAAGACCUCAUAACAGAUUCUCUUGCAAUGAUGAAUGUGGUGGGAAUGGAAAAGAACUUCCAAAUCAAUAGAACUGCAGCUGCUUUUAAAGAUGCUUCAUUAGAGGUUUCCCAGCAGCAACUACACCACAGAGGCACAAUGAUGGCCUCAUCUUGGGUAGUUUUGCAGUCAGCUUCAUCUUGGACUUCAGGACAACAUUGGUGAAGGUUGACUUGGGAGAAGGAACCGUCUUUUUCUUGGACAAAACAUUGCCCCUUCCCCUGGAGGGAAUACAAGUUAGCUGAUACUGAAUUUCUACCUUUUUAAAAAUAGGAACUGGAAUAGAGACAACUCAGUGCAUCCUUCUGUGGUGCACAGAGGGCUUUUUCACCCACAGCACCACCUCUUUUUUUAAAAAAAAAAAUAGGUAAACCAUGUUGAAAACUGUGUUUUCUGCAGCCAAUUGAACAAGUACUGAUUACUGCCUGAGGGAAAAAUACAGAAUGCCAUCUUGUAACAGCCACUACAUGAAUGUGGGAGAUUUUAACUCCCUCAAAUAAAAUAUAGUAUCCUUAUUGUUUUA